UCAUUUCACUGCCAAAGCACUUUGCUGUGACAAAUGUCUUCCUGUACGACCAUCUUUGGAAGAAGAACUAGACAGUCCACUGAGGUACACUGUCCUGUUCGUACGUCGUGUAUUUGUUUGGGUUGCUUCCUCACACAGUGAAAGACUAUGGGGAAAGUGGAUGUAGUUAAGCUUUACGACAACAAAAAACGUGUUAAGUCGUGGGACCGAUGUUCAACCGACAGGUUUAUUGGAGUGCGCUGUCGUCGUAGGCCGGGCGUGUCCAUUCAUCACUACGAACGAAUUUCAGAUCACCUAAGAAAGGAUAUACUCUUCCAGGACUUGAAAGAAGAGCAAAAGGACAAGUAUAAAAGGCGGCUGAGAACCAUUCUAAAUAUCCCAGAGCCAUAUGAAAGCAUUUUAAGGAUUACAAGUGGGCAACAACGAUACGAGCUCAAGGAAACGCACUGGCCAGUCCGGGCUCGAAAACAUCCAUUUCUGUCUGUACCAGAGCUGGUUCUGGACAUGCCGCUCUUCUCCGCUGACAUGAGUUUAAAUACUUUAGACUGGGGAAAAAAUGGUUUAGCAUCAUCACUGGGUGAUGCCAUUUUUAUAUGGAAUGGAUCAAAAGAGAUUCAGAAAAUUACAGCUUUUGACGAAACAAAUCGAGAAAUGUUUGCCACAGCACUGAAGUGGAAUAAGAGCGGUAAUCAUCUUGCAAUAGGAAUAGAGAGAUCCUGUAUUCAGGUGUGGAAUGCAACAUCACUUAAGAAAGUCCAAGAAAUGUGGUGUACAUGUGCAGCCAGUAGUGGCUGUGUAAUAGCAGCUCUUGAAUGGCAUCCAAGGGAGAACAUUUUGGUGAGUGGAUGCUCAAAAGGAAUUAUUGAAGUAUGUACUGUACCAGGGGUCUUAAUUACUGUCUCAUUUCUCAACCACAUGCUGCCUAGUAUUAACACGAUGAACUUUUCAUGUGAUGGUAAUAGGAUUGCUAUUUCAAGCUUCAAUGGAAGAUUAAAAAUUGCAAGAUGGCCUCAUGAUAAUGAUGUUCUAGAGAUUCCAAACAUAUCUACAUGUCGGUCAUAUGCAUGGCAUCCAUGGGAUUCAUCACUGAUUGUAACAGCAGGUAUCACAGGUGAAGGUGACUUGUAUCUUUGGAACAUUGAAAAAGUCAGUAUUGUUGCGAAAUAUACAGCUGGAGAUGGAUGUCUAUCAAAGGUUAUAGCAUUAACUUGGAGUCCUGUUACCGCUGAACUUGUAGUGAGCAUGCAAGUAAAUCGUAACUCAAAUGAUGCAGAUGUUGUCUGGAAGACUGAAAUAUUGGUACUUGCUAGUCUUACUAAGGUUGUCGACAAACUUGACAUGGAAGGUACUCACUGUCAUAGUCCAUACCUUUUGUGGAGUCCUGAUGGACAUGACAUUGCCACUGCCAGCUCUGAUGAGACACUGCGAAUCUGGAAUUUUCUUGGUGUGGAAAAAAGGAGAUGCCCAUUCCCAGCUCAUAAGAAACUAUUUAAAAAGCCUAGAUUAAAUAUCAGAAGCUGUUGUCUUACACCUUUUAAUUAUAUUAGCUGUAUUAUUCGCUGAUCAAUUUAAUGAAAUGUAAGUUUUAAUUCUAAUCACUUGAUUAUUUGCUUUUACUUAAUCUUGAAAUUUAUGGAAUUUAAUUUCCUAUUAGUAAGCCUAUUUUUUGCCCGCUGGUUUCCAGGCUGAGAGAUUAUUUAUGUUGUAUAUGAACAUUCUUAAGAGAUAUUUGAUAUUAUUAUUUUUUUAAAGAAAGGAAAUAAGAUACGGUACCAAGUACCAAACAUGAACAAAACCACAAACAUAAAUUGUAGUGUAAUGUAUUUAAAACUAUGAGUGGUUUUAUUUAAGCUAGUGUGUACACAAUAUGCCAGUAAUUCCAGACAACUUGGAGUUUCAUAUACGUCAAACACAAUGAGAUCUCUUACAAGUGAAAUGUAAAUUUUGGUAUAUGAUAGAAGAAACAAAGUUCAAAUACAGCCAUUAACACAAAAUAUAGCUUUAAAUAAGUGACUAAACAGCACAUGUUGUUUGCCAACUGAAUAAUUCAAUUAGUAUUUGAAAUGUAUUUUUGCCUGGCUUGUAAAUGAGAGGAAAUCAGAAUAUCAAUUGACAUUUUAUGCAUUGUUAGUGUGUUUUCCUAAAAUAUGGGAGGAAAAGACAGAGGUGGAUCACCAAUAAUAAUUUUUAUUUGAGGAUGAUAGAGUGUUUUGAGCUCCAUACAAUUGUAAUUCGCUGCUUACUAUAACAACAUUUUAUGUGUAUAGAAGUUGUCAGUGGUCCUGUUGUUAAGAACAUACAGAUGAGCCACCAUAGCUGAAAAUGCUUUGUACUCCUUAAAUAAAAUUAAGGUUAAAUGUCUGAAAGUGAAAUUUUUUCUUCCUUAUUUUAUAAAUAAAACUUUGCUUUACAUUUUCUGCAGUUGAGAAUUAUUAAACAGGAUUUAUAAA